AUGAAAACGGGCCUUCAACCGAAACGUGCAAGAAAAGCUCAAGUGUUGCGCGAGAAUCGAACCGCAAGACUUGCAGAGCUAUUGGAUCGCAUUCUGGAUGCCACGACUCUAUCAAGUAAUGACAUGAAAACGUUGCGUGACGGGCAGGGCUUUAGCACCCCUCCACGACUUGCCCUGGCGUAUUUUCACUGUUGCGCUCAGCAUCCUGACGCUUUCGCUCACAACGAUGAACACUUAAGACCUCCCAAUGGUAACCCCGGAGAACGGGGUAGUGAGCGGAACGGCCGUACUUCAGAAGCCCAGCCUACUGUGGAAGAUCGGCUUCUAAGGGUUUUAGACGACCCACCAGGCCAAGAAGAAGCUAUUCGGUGCCAACAAUCCGUGCAGCAAGAUAUACCGGGGGAUAUUGCUGCUUGUGCAUUGUGCUGCGAAAUCAUCACGAAUACAGAGUCCUGCGCCAUGCGAAUGAAGCUGUCGGAGCUGCCAGUAACGUUUAAGGCAACGCCACAAGAACGCAAAGAGUGGUAUGGUGGAGUUCCUGAUGGUAUCUUGAACGAGUAUUGCCAAGUUGUCGUGAGCAAUGGGAACCUGCUCUACAUAAAUCCGGAUCUGGUAGUUUGUGAUGAUGAGGUUGUGCUAUGCAAGACGCGCGCAGUAAAUCCGCGGAGCUCGCCAUUUAGUAUCGCUUGUGGUCAUGACUAUGGUAGAAGUGGUAAUCUUCCUCAGCUCAACGAAGUUGCAACCAAUUGCAUAUCUCCAGUCCGCCGCUUUUGGGUCUGGCAAGCACAUGACAGGGCACAUUAUUUGCUUUCCGUCGAAUGGUCCUAG